GGAGGUCAGUCCCAUACGUACGCCUUUUCUAGUAGAAAGUUGUCGGAACCACUACCAGCACCGCCGCCCCCUCCCAGGCCUCAACCCAUGCAACAGCUACAACCGGUAUACCAAAACCAACGCAAAAACUCCCUGCCCGUGGACAGGGGAACCGGUAGGUCAGCCUCACUGAAUCGCGUGUCAACCAGUAUAGGCGACCUCUCGGGUCAGCCCCGGUUAGCCGGACGUCCGGAAGGCAUACGAGUGGCCAACACACUCGACAACCGGCAGAACUGUUCGCUACAUAACCUACACGUCCACCGAUCCGUUGACGACAUCCCGCACAUGGCGUACCCACCGAUGGCCUAUCCCUGCGCACAACACCACCACCACUUUCACCAGCCGGGCCACUGCGGGGGCUAUCAUCCGUGGACUACCAGUUCCCUAAACAACUCCAUAGACGAUAUGCGCUACGAUUACGACUCGGACGCCAGCGCCAGUGGCCCCGGUAGCCAAAUGGGUUACGAUAGGCAUAACAUGGCUAAUAUGAAACGCUGUCAAUCGGCCGUCCAAAUGCACACAUCCCUGUCCGCGGCCAGUGGUCAGUGUUCACCCCUACCGCAGCCCAUGUGUUAUCCAUACCCGUGCUAUCCGUACGCCUGUAGUCCGUGCCCGGCGUCGCCACUGCCCACCGGGAUGUCAACCCCCGGCGCCCCCGCUCACCGGUCAAAGUCGUUCAACUUAGGCAGCCGGCCCUCGAGCGCCGACAACCUGUCGACCGCCAGUUCCCGUCGAUCGCGCGAUAGGAUGUCCUCUAAAGCCAAGGCUAAGGCCCAGAAUCGGGCGACGACUAAGACUACUGGUCACGGGUCGGGCGGAUCUGGCGGUGCGUUUAGCGCCGGCAGUGGUAGUGGAGGGGGCGGACAGUUGUCUGACUCCGGGGGCCGAUCGGCCACUACCUCGUCGUCUCGACAACAGAGCGAUUUCGACGACGAGGAGGACAGAGAGGACUUCUAUUCGGUUAGCGAUAAUGAGAGUACCGGUGAUGAUGGAGAUGACAGUCCCGACAGGGCUAACACCGGCCCACCCGGCAAGUGGUCGUGUCGAUUCUGUACAUAUAUUAACGACAAUAAGAAUACCAUUUGCGAGAUAUGUAGCAAAACUCGUAAGACUUUCACGAAAAAGUCAGUCACUCGUCAAAAACCAGUCAAAAAUAAUGAUAAUAGUCGGCGAAAAUUGUCACAAAACGAGACCAAAGCUGGUGAUAAUGGCGGCACUGAUUGCGGAUUCGAUGAUAAGAUAAUUAGGGAACAAAUGGCGAUCGAGAAAGAGCUGAUCCGACGCCUGGAGAACGAGAGACGUGUCGACCGCGAGAAUGAGAAGAUCUCCAGACGCGAGGAGUACACCAGACCAUUCAAUCAAAUACCGCAACACAUAACACAACCUCAACAACAGCCCACACCUACCAGUGUCCAGCAAUUCGGACACCCAUUCACUGAGCGCCGGCCCUCAUAUCCACCGCAAUACAACACCAGUGGAUACGGAUACCCGACACAGAAUUCUAUGUUAUCCCAGAAUCCAAUGCAACAACACAUGAAUCCAAUGAUGAACCCAAUGUUGAAUCCAAUGGUGAAUCCAAUGUCUCAAAUGUAUGCCGCGAACCCACUCCACAAUAUGUACGCAUUUAUGAACGGCUCCCAAACGAGUCUCGACCGGUUUGGUUACCCCAUAGGCAGCAGCGCCGGUAGUAUUGCCGGUAGUGAUCAUAACUCGUAUAUCAAUCCACUGUUACCGCAAAUGUCAUCCCGGUAUUCAAGUUGCGAGAACUUGCAGUCUAUUAGUAGUAAUACGACGGUUGGGGACAGGAGUGGACACAAGACUCAGAUGGAGUCGGGAUUACAGUUAAUACAACUGCUCAGAGAUGCCGAUAGGAAGGGCUACACCGCCGAUGACGUCGAGGUGGCCAUCAAUUUCAGUCCAGACAAACCGCUUGAAUGGUUGGACGAGAACUGGCAUAAUAUGUGCGAAACGCUACUGUUCCCUACAGAAUGGUUGGACGAGAACUGGCAUAAUAUGUGCGAAACGGUGAUGACUCUGACCAACAACCAGAUCGUGCAAAACGAGACCAAAUCGGGUAACAAAAGGCCCGCCGAUUGGAACCUAUUGUCGGAAGAGGAGGCGCGGGUAGCCCUGAGGGGCACGAGAGGCAACAUAUGGCAAUCCAUCGAAAAGUGUGUCAAAUCCAAACAACUGCCCAAACAGACGGUGGCCAACAAUACCGGUACCACUGGCGUAGCCGACAACCCAAAGACAUCCCUAUCCCUGGAGAUAUCGGGUAUGGGUUCGGGUAAAGAGAAUAAUGACUCGAAUGAACCAUUGAUUGGCCAAAGUUUGGAUCAAAUAAAUAAUUCCGAAACAAAACUCAAUGAUUACAUCGAAAAGCCAGUGAUAGUCGAAGAAAACGCUAUGAAUACAGAUAUUGUAGACCCGGAGCCGAUCGCCAGUUCCAGUACUACAGGCGCUGCUGACCAGAAACAGAUGGAACAGUUGCUGAGGGAAUGGAAGGCCGAAAAACAACUGUCCGAUCGACUCAGACAGCAGGAGAGGGAAAGGGAGAAAAUGCGAAAAAUACUGGAACUCCAGAAACGGCUGACCGAAUUCGACAGCGACUUAGAGGACAGUAGUGUCAGUACGGGUGCUGAUGGGGAAGACCUACCACUGGAUACUAUAGACACGUUAGAGGCAACGGACGGGCAGUUUAUAGACGUCACCGACAAUGAGCUACAAUUGGUUGGCGUCGAAGUGCUUCCCAUUAAUCUCAGCCGUAAGUCGAGCGCUGGUCAGUCGUCAGAUACCGGUGCCGAUAGGGAGUGCAUGAGCGAUGAGAUUGUAGAGAGCCUGGAGGGCAGGGAGUUCGAGGUGGUGGACAGGGAGUUGAAUGAGUAUUAUAGCGAUUACGAGAGACUGAGUGACGAGAGCGACGACGAGUUCGACAGAAUCGACGCCAGAAUUCAGCAAAAAUUAGACCAAAAUUACGGCAAUCGGAGCACAGAAUCGCGGAAUAUGUUUGAGAAUAUUCCCAUUGAAAGCCAGAAUUGUAUUCAAGAAAAUCCCAUUUAUAUGAAGGCCUCAGAGGCUGAAAGUGAAUAUUCUGAGUCGACUGAUAAUAAUACACAGAGUAUUACACAGAUUUCUGUCGGUAAAAGUGAUAAUAAUAAGAAUAAUAGUGAGAAUUCCUCUAAUAUUAAGCCAUUAGCUCAGCAAAAAAAUUCUGCCGAAAAGAGUAGAAAACAAUUAAAGAAACAAAAUUCUGCUGAAAAACGUGAUUCCGUUAAAUCAAAUAAACAGUCAAAACAAGAAUAUUCUGCAAACAUUGCCAACGAGUCUAAUGACAAGCAAGUGAUUAAAGAAAUCGAUUCUGAUGUCAAGAAUCAAACGAUUGAUAGGAAGAAAUUGCUUAAAGAGAUCGACAAUAGUAUGCGACAAAGUCUUGAGGAGAUCGAGCAGAUGGAGGAAUCCAUUGGGAACUUAUCCAGUGAUCCGAAGACUACGAUUAGUGAUAUCCAGAAUAUUCUUGACACACAUCUACAGCCGAAUAUUAAACAAUCAAAGAAUUCCCCCAUAAAUAGGCUACUAUACGACGAGUCGUUCGGGUGGGCGCGCACUGACUACGAGUGCGAACUCUGUUGCAUAAUAUACCCCAUCGACGAGUUGGUGGCGAUGAUCGCCUGCACGCACAGCGCCUGUCGCCAGUGUCUACAGAAAUACCUGUGCGUCCAGAUUGUUUUGCGAAAGAUUUUUCUCCGAUCAGUGUUUUCGUUGACAUAUAUUUUAUAUAUGAUGUGA